AUGUCGAAGAACAGUUUACUUAAAGACCUAAAUGUCAGCACUGUUGUAAGAUUUCUCGAGAUGGAGAAAAAGAAGAAAGGCCUAAGGCCUGAUGUCGUACAGAAAGCGAAAUCGUGGGAAAGUUCAUCCGAUUUUGACCUGCCAGCCUCUGCAUCGGUGAGCUCGGCGACAGAGAGUUGUUUAUUCACUCCACUUGACACAACGUUGAUUAUGGCAGUUUUAAACUCGCUACCACCGAAAGCCAGUGGCAAGGAAUGCCUCAGAGCAAUCCAGAACAACAAAAAUUGCCAGGAACAACAGAUGACAGAAAGAUACACUCAAAAACAAUUAAUAGACAAAAUUAAAAGAAUCAGAAGGAAAGCUGCCCGGGAGGAAACAAAAUUCUGA